AUGGAACGAUUGUAUCAGGUCUGUGAAGGCGCACAGCAGCAAAAAUCAGGUACAAAUAAUCCAACAACCACAAAUCCACUUUCCCCAGGACGACCAAAUUACUUCCAUCAUCCACUACUGGAGCCCUGUUUGGAAGUCCUUGGGCACUGGUCCAGCGGAAGUAAUGGAAGGCAUGUCCCACGUUUGUUAGCAACCACGCCACCCACAAGUUGUGUACAACAGGAGCUGUCAUUGCUACCAUUGCUUGAAACACUGAUACAAUGGGGCCAACAGGGCCUUUUGAUGCAAACAGACUAUCUACAAGUCUUGUGGCUAUCUGGCUGCCUACUGUGCGAUGCCGGACUCCCCAAUCAUCCGUCCACCAAAUUGGCAGCAACUACCUUGUUGCCUUUGCUGACCAGGGGAUUGGUCGACAGCCCCAACAAUUCGCGUGCAAAUUCUCUGGAGUGCAAGCGAGAAGGUGUGCUUGCAUUGUGGAAUGCCGUGAGUGCGCCGCCGACCGAAGUCGACGAAGAACCAGUCCUAAUGUUGGCUACAAAAAAGUUCAUGUUGCGACGGGUCCUUUCGGCAUGUUGCAGUGGUGACGGUAGCACAGAUGGGGAAGAUUUGGACAGUGAAAGCGUUUACACAGUCCUCAUGGCCUUGAAAAAUAUAUUGCAGUGUCAAGAUGUCGAUGCAAUGCUGGCUUCUAUGCAUGUUUUGAAUGCUAUACUUCGGCUGAUACCCGAUAGCAGAAUCACAUUUAUGGAAGUCAAUGGUGAUGAAGCCCUCGAGAUGAUUUGUGAUUUGCCUCUUGGCAACGAUCAAUCUGGUGCCGAAGCAGCUGACAUGGCCGCAAAUCUGAUUGAUGACUUUUUUGAUAUCGAUGGAAUGAAUGAUGACCAGUUUUCUGACUUGCAGCCUCCUCAACUGGGAGACACAUUUGUGUUUGGAUUGGACCCAGAGAUGCAAGAGUCAACGUUUGAUUUUGAUUCAAUUUUUCUGCCCAGUGACAGUAUGUUGACGAAUGAUGCUGGUUCUGCUUCUGGAAGCUUUCCAGCCAUUGCUCCAGUUACAUCAGUAGGGGAACCCAUGGCUUCAGGAAAUGGUCGUGGACGGGGGAGAGGUCGAGGCCAUGUCCUUCCGGCGUGGGCUCAACAACAGCAGCACCAAUCCCAAAGUUGA